ACUGACUGAAUGCUGUACGAAUGCAACCGGCCCAGUCGGGCUGUCGUCCAAUCCGCACUGGACCAACACCGGACUGACGCUGCUGCACACUGCACUGUUUGGUACCUCUGCGAGCUGGUGAGCCCUGAUCCGUCCGAACAUCGCUCCAUAACGCUCAGUUACAGUUUUCUUCCAUUGGCAGAAGGCAGCCUCUGGCGGACGCUCGUUCCAAAUUUGCCACAGCCGCACACUGCUAAACUGGCUAGUUUCGAAAUUUGCGCGAGUCCCGAAACGCGGGUAAAAGUUGACCUAAUUGAUCCGUUUCGUGCGCCCGUGGCGUCGUGAGUCCGACUUUCUGUGCAGUGAGGGGUAGAGAAAAAAAAGUGGCAGCGUUAAAGAUUGAUCCCAAAACGUACGUAUAAAUAAUUAUGAACGAGUAAUCGAGUGCGAAAGAGGAGCCAAAAACCGAAACAUUCGCGUGAAAAUUGUAAACGGAAUAAAAUAUCAUUUAUCAGUGCGACGGUAGCAUCCAGUGGCCAGAAAUAGCAUAGACCAUGUGGUUAGCCCCCUAGCAUACGGUCGGUUCGUUCGUUCGUUCGUUCGUUCAUUCGUGGCUUAUAAUGCAUACUCGAAGUGUUUUUGUCAGUUUUGUUUACGUGCGGUUUUUCUACGCAGACGUGCACCAUGUGAAAAGACUAGUGGAAAAUAAAAUGCGAAAUGCGUGAAGCGCGUAAAUCAAUGGCAAAUGAUUGAACCGGUUUUUGCGAUAGUGAAGCCGACAGCAAAAAUAUAUAAAAAAACGUUCCUACGAUAUGACAGCGACAUCUCAGUGAGUAUUUUCGUGUACGCUCCGUACUGAAAGCGAAAUAGAAACAGUGUUACCGGAUUUGAAUUUAAAUUGAAAAAUGAUUGAGGUUUGUCGUAUUUCCGCCAUACUAGGAGUGUUAUUGAAUUAUUACAAUGAAUACAGUUUAUGAAUACAGACGACAACGCCGUUCUGACAGUGGCACACGCUGAGUGAAAUGCACUAGCUGACCGUGCUUUCCGGUGCUAUGCGGGACCGAAGCAAACCACGGACUUUCCGCCCACCGACUCCGACAUACGUACGACCAUAGGCAAUAGACUCUGGUGACACGAGUUGCGGCAAGAAUUGGCCGGCAGCUGGGCAUUUCACAGCGCUCUUUUCGACUGCUGCUUGGUCAACAUUUGUCACUGUGAAGACUCUGGUUCAAACGUGGUUUCCCGACGGAGAAUGCUGCCCUGCUUUGAGCCUACCGAGCGGAAUUAAUACUUUUAUAAAAAUUCAAGUGAAUUUAUGCUGCCCCGAUGCGUGUUGGUUUUGUAUAAUUAUUGUCCCUUCGGGAGUGCUUCGCGGGAACGUUUCGAACUAAAAACGUUUCGGCAUGUAACGGAAACUAAGCCAUGAAAGUGUACAGUGAAAACAAAUGCAACCAGGUCUACGAAAUAGUUGACUUCAAAACCGACCCAUCAAACUUUCCUCCGUUACAUUGAAUCUCAUAACACCGGCAAUUCACUGCAUGAAUUUCACUUCGGUUGAGUAACGAAUUGCCCGAAACAAGCAGAUGAAGAUAAAUUGUGGAAAUUGCAAGUGCAGUGAAGUGUUUUGUUGGAAGAAGUACCAUUACCGAAAGUGUUUUGUAUUGCAAACAUAACUGAAAGUUGAACAGCUCACGAGUGCAUCCAAUAAGGACGAGAAUAAUACGAACAAUGAUAAGAACAAGAUGAUAGAAUUCAAUAUCGCUUGAAAACAAAAGCUUCUUUUGAUGCGUGGUACGGUCGAUAGAUCAAGGGUCGAAGGUGUUUACCGAAACGUACCGCCACUCACAGCACAUAAAAGGGCGGUCUGGCACAUGAAAAGGAAGACUAACCACAAAAAUCACCGUCGGCUGAUAAGCUUUUCUUCGUCGAACGAGAAAAAAAAUGGUUCCUGUGAAAUUCAAACGAGUUUUUGUGCAGUGCUUCAAAUAGCAGCCACUACGGAGAACGCGUUCGGAAGCUCCGGCGAACGGAGGCAGAUCGUCGUGAUAAAACAGAACUGAAUUCUUGUGAAAAAUUCUAUUUUGGUUUGCACGAAUGGGGGUGGGGUCUAUGCAAAGGGUAGUAAAUAAAAGAGAUUAAAGCGAGGAAGACUGAAAUUUAAAUAUUGCAUAUCACAGUGAAAGGCUGGUUGCUGCCAAAGAGAAUACGAACUGUGCUCUCAUCAGUGGACUGGACAUGAACGCGGCACUGGGACAGAGUUGGACAUGAUGAAUGACUGCUGCUAACGAAGAUCUUCGAGCGUACAGACAAACAUUCACCCCCCACGCAGUCAUCCAAGAUUAGCAAUCAUGAAUCCAAGCAUGCAACAGAGUAGCAUGCCGACUUGAACUUGAACUUCAUCGAGUCAAAGCUUGAACUAAUAAAUAAAUUGAACACGAACUAAACGGUGGUAAGGUUAAAAAUUGCGCUCGAUCGAUGAAAGUAGAGCAAAACAGCGCAUACACGUAUGAACGUACCCCGAUAUAGUGUUUGAACGAGGAAACAUUACUGGCAGUAAAUGCAGCUCUGAUUUGAGUUGAAAGAAAAAAUGUGCGAGCGGCAGCGGCAAAAAUAUAAACAAUUUCAAAGUGGCAACGCAUGUGGAAUUUGCGUCAAUCAUUAGAGCAUAGCUGAACAGAAAAUCCAGCCGGCAGAUUAUUUUAAACAACGCAGUCAACCGUCCGAAUACCAGUCCAAAACAACACUGCGAAGGCGAGAGUGCUUUGGCCUAAGCCGAAGCACCAACGGCGGUUCGGCUGUAGAGCCGAGCUGGAGAUCAGUAGAAUACCGUCACAGAGAAACCGAUAAACAUACAAAUACAUAACACGCAGGCGGCAAGAACCCGAAGCCCCAGCAUGUGCAGCAAAGAACAAUAAUCCGCGUACACCGUGCUAGGGGAACACAUUUUACCGACCGUACGUCUUCGGGUGUCGGUAAAAUCCGUCGUUUCCAUACAACGCACACAUAGAGGAAAAAAGUACACGGAAGAACUAUAGCAUCAACAACGCCGCCGACGACGACGACGACGAAAAUUUGCCAACAUCCAGUUAGCACUAGCAGUUAGUUAGUCGACAGUUGGCAAGACAGCGGUGCGGAUUCAUUGUUUCAUUCAUCUGAUGACCGCGCGACGAGCAAGUGUUUUCUCGAAAAGCAGUGCUUGAGAAUUGAUUUCCUGUGCGAACGAUUUAUGAUGUGUGUUUAGGCAAAAGUUAACCAUCAAAAAUACCGCCAGACAGAUCAGUGCCACGAUUAAACAAAACAAAACAAAAAAUAAAAACACAACCAACGGUUGUUGAUGGUGGUAACACGGAUACCAAUUUGUCGUUGUGUACACGAAGAAAAUCAGUGCAUUGAAUUGUAGUUGCAAGUUUUCGAUUCUUCACCAUACAAGUAUGAAACAGUGACAAGCGAAGCGUUGAAACCCCGAAACGGGUGAAACAAUGAACCUUCGGUGCCAAAUACGGUUCUGAGUACCGAAAUGUGCGAUAGUUCAAGCGAAACUUUUCGGUUCGAACAAAAUAAUCACAGAAAAUGACGAAAUUCAAACCAGCAACGGAAAGUGAAACUCUUGCAGCACAAUGUUAGCCGUAGAUUGCCUGGUCGGUGGAUUACUGCUCAGUUCGAUCGGUGUGAAUAUCCUAGCGCUCGGUGCUUUCUGGGUCACUCCAAGUCUUCGAACAACAGCGAAUCGGUUCGUGAUUAACUUGCUGGUUGUGAACUUGGUAUGUUGUAUAAUUCUUGGUCCAUCGCUGCUACUGAAUGCAUUUACAUCGAAAUCAGCACCGGCUUUGCCGUCGACGGUGGUGGUACUGGCCGCAACCACCUCGGCGACCUCAACCAGUACAGCUGCAGCAGUGGCAACGACCUCCGGAAAUGGCAGCGUUGCAGCGACCGGAUUAUCGUUCGCGAUCGCCAUGAAUGCCACGGUCAGUGAAGAUGAUAGUGUACAUAACCGAACCAAUAGAGUAGUUAAAUGUCGGAACGCCACCACCAUUGCAUGUGAUACUAUAUUGAUAAGAAAUAAUGUAAAUAUUGAAGAUGUGCGGUACGUGAAAUCACAACCCGGUGAUGUAAUCGAUUCCAAGCUGACACUGACAAAGAUAAGAUGCUGGGGGCUCGACUUGGUCGUUGCACUCGGAGCUCUCUCGGUGCUACUAGUGGUAGGAGAUACCUGGUGUGCCGUUACCGAUCCCUUGCGGUACCAUUCAAGAAUCUCGGACUUGAAGGCGUGGGCAUUCAUUGCCGGAACGUGGCUGUUGGGAAUCGCCUUCGGGAUUGCUUCCGGUUUCCGGGGUGAUCAGAAAAACAUUACCCUGUUCAGCAGCCGGCUGACGAAUGCUGAAGCAACGGCCGCAUUUGAUGCUAGUCAUUUAAACAAUAAGAAUCUAACAGCGGCAGGCCAGCGCGAUAGUGGCCUCAUAAAUCAUCUCAACAUUUCCGAAGAUCUGUACAAUACAAUAUUCUCCUAUACGUAUUUUGUGAUCGUGAUUCUUUUGCCAUUCGCGCUCGUGUGCGGCAUGUACUGGAGAAUAUUCUCGGAGGCACGCGAGAGUGGCCAACGAAUGCGACAGAACGGGUCCUCGCCUUUGCUGCAGAGUGCACUAAACCUGGCCGCCGUUUCGGCACAGAAGCAAGCGGAAAAACAGGCGGAACACCAGCGGCAGCAUCCAGACGGCUGCGAUGGGCUGACAAUGAAAAUUGACAAGCAAAUUCAUUAUGAAGAUGAAACCAUCACUGUAAAUAGUAUUCAACAUAGCAGUAGUAUUAAACAAAAAGAUUCCUGUCUAAAGCCUUUAUUGCAACACUCACCGGUGCUCUCACCAGUGCAUCAACCGAUUCAGCAUGCAGACGACCACCCAACGUCAGUAAUACAAAUGGGCCACAGUACCACCGCUACAUCUCCGAGCACACCAGUCAGUCGGCUUAAAACAUCGAUGAAACCGGACAGAAAUCAUAACAUACUGAUGUCAUCGACGGAAACUGGCCGAUUGGGUUGUAAAGAUGCUUCGAAUAAAAUUCGCCGAAAUCAUAGUGCCGGACGUCUGGUUAGCUUUAAUGAGCAAAACCAAGAACUGCAACCGGCAAGUCUACGACAGGUCCAUUCGACGCCGAACUUCCAGAAGCUAGUUUCGUCCGAGUUUGAUCACAUCGGCAAUCACCACAUUCUGUCCCUGCCAGUGGUACACGUUCCACCGAAGGCCCUGAGCUAUAUGACAUCGAUAAGACACCGUUUGUCGAAUGCAUCAUCGCUGUUCAAAUAUCGUGAAGAAUCGCGGGCAGCCAGAAUCAGCAUCCUGGUGAUAAUUAUGUUUCUCGUGUCGUAUUUACCCUACGGGAUCCUCGUGCUAAUGCAGGGCCAUGUGGAUCUAUUCCUGGUAUCGGAUCAAGCCCUACUGGCAAUAUUGACGGUGGUGAUUGCCAACUUGAGUUCACCCUUCAUAUUUGCCUAUCGUAAUAAGCGAGUACGUCGCGGCGUAAAGCGUCUUCUCGGUAUCGAUAGAAAAACUAAUGAACGACUGCUGAAACUGACCAGCAGUAAUACUCACUUCAACAACAAUAACAACAACAACAACUACAGCGCCAAUAUUAGCUUUCAUAACGCGACCAACGGGGCCGACGGAAGUGCUUCCAAUGGUCACAUUGCCACCCACCACAAGUCCCACAAGGUCCGGAUUGCCGGUCUCACGCGGAGCAAUAGUUCGUGCAAAUAUCUCACCCCGAACCACGCGGCGGCCGUGGCCGUCGCCAACGGAUUCAUAGUGGAAUUUGAGCGCUACCCCUCGGAUGAGCUCAACAGCCUGUGCAUCCAGAAGAAAUCGAUACUGAAACGAGUCUGUGAUAGUUCGCGGAAAUGGGGCUGCAACUUUGCCACCAAUUCCUGUACCAGCAACGAUGAGCAAACGGAAGUGUAGCUUUAAAGUGGUAAUUUAAUAUAAUCGUUUCAUUUUUCACCUUUCUCACUGACUGUGCUCAACGUCUCAACGUCUCUCGUCAAGUCACCGGGCGGCAGACAGCUUUCCCGAAGCAAUCCACAACAACAAGAAAAAUGUCAAGCGGUUUUAAAGUACACCCAGGGAGCGCCCACACCACGCGCGUAGUGUAUUUUUCACUUACUUGUCACCUUGCACAAUCGGCACGGUUCCUCCGUGGUUUGACGUGGUUCCCAAAUGCUGUCCGAUUGUUGGAAACGAAAAUAGAACUUUUUGUUUGCAGACUUACCAUUCUAUGACCGAAUGUAUCUCUCUGGUAAAGCAGUUAUCAAGUGAAGCAUUUUUUUUUGGUUCAGUAUACACAUGCACACACACACAUAUUAUGUUUGAAUUAGUUGCUAAGUAGAAGCGAGGUUGCGAAAAGCAAACCGACAGUCAGUUCAAUCAAUCAAAUUUAUUAUCGAGUCAUUUGCGAUUGGAGAGAUAAAUCUGAUCCAGUACGAACUGCUCUAAUCCAUUAUAUGCGAGCAAAGUAGUCUGUGUGAAAAAAAACCAUGUCUUGGUAUUGCAUUUUUUUUUUGCAAAGUUUUAACAUCCUGUUUCAACAGACAAUGCAGUCGAUUCGUGGCGUGCAGAACCAUUUGAUGGCAAAUGUUGCGUUCCUAUUGACACUAAGAUUCUUUUUAGGUCGUACAUAGGAUUAUUUGAUGCUUUGGAAGCUAAAUUAUUUUCAUGAUUUUGCACUGUAAUUUUAAUCACACUCUAUUGGCUUUUUUUUUAAAUAAAAUAGAAUUAAAAUACUAUUGCAAAAAUGAAAACUCGGAGCUCCUAGAGGCAUGAAUCGAACAAACGAACCUUGUAACCAUAUGACAAUUGAAACACAUUCCUUUGUGUAUGGCAUGAUUUGAAGUAAAGAACUUAAUAUUUUUAGAUACAAAAUUUUCUGAUUUUUUAUUGUUUUUUACAACAAUAAUGCCUACAACUGAAAACACACUAGGAUUUCUGGUCUGAAACUAAUAAAUAGUUCAUGUGCAACUGUUUAUUUUCAAUGGCCACAACACUACUGCGAAUGAUUCACUUAUAUUGGUUUUCUCUUCUCAAACAACAAAUCUAACUUCUUACUGAUUCUUGCUGAUUUUUGAUGAUCAUUUUCCUACCACCUGAUCCAUAUUCAUUCCAUUUAUUGUUUCGUUUUAUAGAAAUGGAAAGCUUGAUAUCAAUUACAUAGCUACAAAUUCCUUACCAUAUCAUUAGUUUUCAAGUGAAUUUAUCAAUGAAAAAAAUUUGAUUUCGCUGGAACCAUCAUUCUUUGGUAUGAUUAGAUAUAUUUUUUACCCUGAAACCUAGAUGAAUUGGCUUCCGAUUCCGUCAAAAGGCUUGUCGUUCAUGAGAAGAUAUUAAUUGAUAUUUCGACUGUAUGUCGUAUGCAGCAAAAAUAUGUAAUUCGAAGGGGGCGUAAAUUCGAAUAUGACUCGAUUCAUAGAAGCGCAAUUCGUUGAGGGAUUGAAUUUUACCAGUGUUACUUAAAUAUGUGACAAACCUACCAAGCUCGUGAAAUUACACAUUUCAACACGUAACAAUAUACUAGAAAACAUUAGUCUAGUACUAAAUCAACUGUAAAAAUGUGUCAUUUUUGACACUCGAAUAUGUCGGUCUCAGAAGACGUAACAUUACACUAAUUUUUUUAAGAGUGCAUCAGCUACGCACGCAUAUUUUAAUCGAAUUUGUUUGCUUUAAGACGAGGACUGAAUAAUAAACUAAUUUUACAAUGGUUCAUUUUUUGUAUCUUUGCAUGUAAAUCAAAAUUAGCCAUUCCAUCACAGUCGAACAAAAGUUCGUCAUUCCAUCAAUGCAUUAACGCAUGCAACGAUGAAGAACAUGCCUUGUUUCCUACACACUAAAUUAUGAUUGUUGAGUUUCAGCGAAAUUUACCGGAAGUUUGCCAAGCUGAAGCUUCAACAAAUAUUUUAAUCAAAAACUGUUAGCUGACAUUUCAGUGACCCAUAACUGUCAAAAUUCCACAGAAAAAUCAGUAAAUAAUUACCUUCUUUGCUGUGAUCAAUGCAGAAAAUAAUAACAGUAUUUUACUAAAAUUUCGGUAAUUUCGAUGUGAUUAAUAAACGUUUCGGCAUUCAUUGCAUAUUACUGGGUUUGCAGAAAACAAUGUUUUACUGAAUUAGAUCAAUAAAAUCAUUUUUCUGAAACAAAUUACUAUAAAACGUUUGGUUGCAGAUUUCUCUGACAGUCAACUACCAUCAAAAUUGAUGCGGUAAUUGCUAUGGAAAUAAAUAGAAGUUAUUAUUUCUGUUGGAAUCAAAUUUCCCAUAUAUUCAAUGUUUAAGACUUUCCAGAGAAUCCUGGCAAAAUAAUUAAAGCGAUGUAAACUGCCCAUACUUGCAUAUCAGUCCCAUAUUGAAAAUCGACAAAUUGAGAAAAAGAUGAAUACAUAUUUCGGUUAUAUUUUGCUUUUUUCCGCUACUAUGAUGAUUGAUCCGUAAUACUAUUGAAUCACAUACAUGGAUUACAUUAUAAAGUUUUCAUCUGGAAUGAAAUAUUGCACUUUUUUGUCAUUCGUUUGUGUAAGAUCUGUUAUGCAACAAGAUGGGACAAAUAUGCGAGUACUAAAAAAUACUCGCAUACCGGUCCCAUCUUAGUAUGGUAUGCUUCGCUCGCACGUGGCAAAAUCUCACCUUUGAUUUUCCAUUCGUGUGAAAUCUAAUCGUUCGAUAUAAUUAAGUUUGUGAUUCGAUGUCAGGUCUUGAUGCAAUUAAAUUAUAUGAUGUAGACUCUUUUACGGAAGACAGCUCAAAUAGUGACUUUGUAUGUUUUAAUGUCACCAACAUUCGAUACUUCCAAUUUGGAAUAUUCUCAUAUGCCUACAUCUGAAUUUGGCCAAAGCAAUGGUAAAAGAACUGAAAUUUUGAGUAUAAAUGCGACCAAUACGUUUGAUUCAUAAAUUAUUUUUACAAUUUCUGAAACUAACGUGAAAAUAGACGUUAUACGUUGGACUAACUCAAAAAGGAAUCUACUGGUUACUGGUUGAUUAGUUCUUUUGGAAUUAUUAAUGGGCUCAUGAAAUUUUUCCGUCAUUUUAUAAUGUUGAUGGCAUUUUCCUCGAAUGCGAUUGUACGAUUUUAUUUUCCCCUAUUUUGAAUUAGGAACACUAUAUAGAAAGCAAUGACGAAGUCCUACGUCAAAAUUAAUAGUCAAUUCAUACUCGUAUUUUGAUGGCACUAUAACAACCACAAAAUUCGUUAUUUUCACUCUGAAACACCAGUAGCUAACAGUCUUUAGCUUUCAUGAUAGUUAGCAUGAGUUGCUCGAAACUUUAAAUUUUAAUAUUGUAAAAUUGGCGACGAGUAUAAACACAUAUUUUGCUUUGAAAAGACAGAUGACAUUUUGAUCAUUUUUCCCUUCGAAUUGAUUUUUUUAUAUUCUUCAUCAUAAAAUCUAUGGCUUUGAUAUACUGUCAGCUAAGUCAACAGCCCAAAUUCAUAAACGGAUUGUGCAACUGAUUGGAAACGAUCAAAAAUUUCCAAACUAUUUUUCGCUUUAAGCUCUGCCUAAAGUUUGACGUCACUGUUUCUUAUCCUCAAUCCCACUCUGCCUAACAAAUGCCGGUUGAGAAGUUUUUUUACGAUGUGCAUUUCUCGAACUCCUUCUCUUUUUUAUUUUGUUGCUCCCGCUCUCCCGCUGCACCAAGUUUGACCAAAAGUAAAACUUUCCAUCUGAUUCUCGCCGAUAUUUACAUAAAAAACGCGUUAGUUCAUAGUGCUACUAAUUUGCAUCCUGUUCGUUCGGAAUACCUGCCGAGUUUGCACGUGUGUCCGAUUUCGCAGGGAAGAACAUAAAGAAGCGAAAUUUCUGUUGUGGCUGUUGCCAUCCUAGUUCUGCACCUCACCGUUCAGCAGAUAGAUAAGCUAUGAUGCUCUUGGCAUACCCCCCGACCGGGUUAGUCGAUCGUAAAUGGCCGGGUGAAGCAAAACGGGUUAAAGAAAAAGGUGUGAUUAAAUCUUCCCCAUUUGGGGUUUUAUAAAUGCUCGGAUAUAAAUACCUACACAAAUAGAUAACCGAGUCUAAGUUCGUGGGAACCAUCUGGCGGUUAAGACAGAUAAAUUUAUUAGUUGCGCUGACUGCUGCAGAACGUGUGUUCGUAACAAUUGCAGACUUGGGGUUUCCUGUGGCAUGAGCCGGCGUACAUUUGGUGCCACGGAUAGAUUAACCGCGUGUGUACCUGCAACACUUGCACCGCAAGUCUGGUAUCUUUGUUAUGUCUUUACAAUCAGAAGCUUGCGUAAACGUGCUCCCGGCCUACCUUGACUACACCCUUUGUAUACCGCGCUCUCCGAACGAACGAACGAACGAACAAACGAUAAAGUACAUGCUUUGCUGUCCUGCAGUGUAUUAUUGUUUCGUUCUAGUUUACAGCCCUGAUGUCAUUACGGUAGGAUACCGGUUAUGCUAAUGGGAAGAGACGUCGCUAUAACGACAAACAUUUCAUACCCUCAACCUGACUUGCUGAUCUUGUUGCAAUAUAUUUUUUUUUUUUGCUUUCUGCUUGCAUUCUCUUGCUCUGGCUUAUUUUCCUUGGCUGCACGAACUGCAACGCGCCAAGUUAAAAAUAAUUCUAGGCUGAAAAAGUAAGACAAUCCCAUUGCGCAGAAUGGCGUACUGGCACCAGACUGUCCCAAAGUAGCGGAAUUUCAUCCAGGGUUUCUACCGCGGAAAAACGAUCCUCGUGGGCACGGUUGAGUGUGGCUUCCCCGAGCUCCGUGGUGAAGUACGAUGAUUAGAAGUUUAAAUUAUUUUUAGACACUACCAAUAGAAACUAUAGCGGAGUAGAAGUCAACAAUUUAAAACAUUUUCAUUUCCUUACCAAUUUGGCAAAUGACUGCUUAAAAUAAUUGGGAACCACUUCAUCCUUCAGGGUGACAUUAAAACCGCAAUUAUUACAACCGAGUUCAGCUUUCCAAACGAUAACAUUACUGCUAUUAAAUUCGCAGAUGAUCCGAGAGCUUCAAUCAACAUUCCAAUCCUAUAAAUUACUGUAAUUCUGAUUUAUGUGAACAAAUAAAUUGCUGAUCUGCUGAUGACAAAACUUGACGAGAGACUCGAGCUUUAGAAACAAACAAAAAAUGUUGAUACAACUUGAUGGGUAACUAAAACGUAGCUAUGAUAUGGAUAGUGGCCAAAAAAGAUCAGUGUUUUCUAAAUUUUAAACGAUAAACAAUAAAAACAAAACAAACAGGUUAAUCUUACGGCCUCUAAGGACAACAAUAAUUGUUAGUGAUAGAGAAUUUCAAAUUGAAAAUUAAACUGAGCACAUUUCGUGGAAACGCGCAAAACUAUCUGAAAGCUUUACUUUUAUGUUUAGGGAAGGAGCCGAUAAGGUAAAAUAAUUGUUUAACUAAAGAUAUCACUAGCUAAAGUCUACUUAUAAACAAAAGCUGUGGAUGGUGAUUUAAAGUCGGAAACGUGUUAGAAAUGGUGCUUAAAUGUUUGCAUUUAGGUUCAACAAGAAAACUAUAUACAAAGGUACCGAAACAAAUCAAAUGAUCGUAUAUUUAAAAAUCGUUAGAAGUGUAUCAAUUCAAAUUUGGUGUAUUUACAUACUGCAAAAUAAAAACAAACCUAUUUACAAUAAGACAGUGGAUACGAAACUAACAUUAACAAGCAGGGUGUCCCAACAAACAACUUUAUCUUAGAGAAACUACAGCACAAAAAUAUGAUGAAAUCCACACAAAAAAUGUCGCAACUGGUUACUAUAGAAACUAAAUGUUCAGUCCGAUGGCAACCUAAAAAACGAGAAACCUGCAUACACACUCAAAAACAUAGCAAAACAAACACUGUUCGAACGGAUCAGCAGAAGAAGAAUGCCAUAUUGUUGGUUGCUAGUACAGAAGCAAGGCUGUUACAUAAAAGCACAACCCAAGAAUUCUACUCAACAACAAACAAACAACAUAGUCGAAGUUCAAACAAAACAAGGUCGACAGCGACAGUAUGUCAACUCAGCGUUCGCUACUUUGCGUAAAACAAAUGCUGCUAGGGUUUUUUUUGGAAUUGUUUUUAUGUUCGAAUUUUGAAUCCACGCAUAUGCUUGUGCCAUUUGUACAGGGAUUAGCUUACAUGCAUUCACGCACUCCACUGAUCUAGGCUUACGCUUCCUUUCACGAUUUAUUUCUUACUACUGUCAUAAUUCUGUCUACAUCGAUGCGAUCGAUAUCAUUGUAAAUACCAAAACACGUUCCCUUCAACUCGUUUUAAUUUAUUUCCUUUGUUAUUAAGCACAUUUCAGUUUAAGAAAACUCCGAUAACUAGGAAUUUCAGCUUCCAUCAAACGUAUGAAAAUAAAAUCGAACACUCUAAGUGAAGCAAAAACAAUGACAUUUUAUCCGCAAACAAUAGUAUGUAUUCAAAAACAUAACGGAAUGAGAAAAAAAACAAAACUGAAAGCAAGUUGAGUAGUUUUAUGCUCGCUAAUUUACUGAUACAAAAAAUAAAGAAAUCCUGCAAAUUUA